AUGGAGAAACGUAUUCAUUCCAAGAAAACAUUCACUCUGCCGUAUCGUCAUUAUUUAUUUCAUUUUAAAUGGCCUUUAGUAGGAUUUGCUUUCGUACUAAGUUUACUUAUAUUCGUUCAAAUAAAGUUAACAUCUAUAUUUAUUCCAUAUAUAAUUGAAGAACAACACUUAGAACACUUUAAUAAAAAUAUUAUUUAUCCAAUUGUUCUAUUAAAUAAUGAUAAUAAUACACAUCGUCUCAAUAUGAAUUAUUAUUUUCUAAAAAAAGAUGAACUUAAAAUCAUGGAUGAUAUUUAUGCAAUAAAGAAAAAACAAAAAGUUGUUUUACCAUCAAUCAAGAAUCGACAUAAACCUAAUUCUUAUUUAAUUCUUGAAUCUACAACUGUUUUCGGACGACCACGAUUUUGCUCGUAUACAAAUGAACAAAUUUUUGGUCGAGCAUGUCCCUAUAGAAAUUGUAAAUAUACAUGUGAUCGAACGCGAGAUAGUGAUGCUCACGUACUUUUGAUGCAUAAACGUGAUUUGAAUUAUAAAUUACUCAACUCAAUUAAACGAAAUUCCGAACAAAUUUGGCUCUUAUGGCACGAUGAAUCAAAUGAAAAUUCACCUGAAAUAAAUAGAUAUAAAUUUAAUUGGACAAUUACAUAUCGAAUAAGUGCUGAAGCAUCAAUAGGAGCGUAUGGUAUAAUAAUUUUAAAAGAAACCCCAUGGUCUGCGCAACAAUUCGAUUCGUGGAUUGAUGAACAGUUUAUUAAAAGACAUAAUCAAGCUGUAUGGUUUGUGUCAAAUUGUCAACCAAAAAAACGUUUAAAAAAGUUUCGCUCACUUCGAGAAUUUUAUUCAAUAGCUGCCUUUGGUAAAUGUGUAUCAUCAAAUGAAUCAUUUUCUCUCAAUGCUCAAGUUCAAUCGAACUCAAAAUGUCAACGAGACUCAUCAUGUGAACAAAACUAUUUGAAAAAUUCAAAAUUUUAUCUUGCUUUUGAAUCACAAUCAUGUACAGAUUAUAUAACAGAAAAGUUUUGGCGUACACUUGCUCUUGGUGCCAUUCCAAUAGUAAGUGGACCAGAACGUGAAAAUUUCAUACGUGUAGCUCCACUUCAUUCCUUUAUACAUGUCGAUGAUUAUACAUCCGAUGAAGAACUUGCUCAAACAUUAAAUUUAAUCGCUACAAAUAGAAGUAUCUAUGAGAAAUAUCAUCAUUGGAGACGUUAUUAUGAUGUUCAUCAUGAAGCUAAAGAUCUUGAUCCAUUUCGAUUUUGCGAAUUAUGUUAUCGUUUAAAUACAAAUACACAACGUAUAUGGUACGAGAAUAUUAAUGAUUGGUUUUUAGAUAAGUGUUGA